AUGGAGAAACUGUCCGCCUGCCAGCAGGAGAUCCAGUCUGAAAACUUGGCAGCCUCAAAGCCUCACCUGGAACUGACAUACAUCCGGAAGAGUCCACCAACCACAAAAGUUGUCUUUGCCCUGAAGCUCCUGGCAGAAAUCCAGGGUCACUAUGCCAUGGUGCUCCAGAGCCCAGAAGCAAAGGGGGCAAUUGACCGGCAGUACCUUGAAAAGCAAAAGUCAUCUGGAAAGGCACUGUUUAACCUGAGUUGCAGCCAUCUCAAUCUUGCUGAAAAGGAAUAUUUUGGGUUAGAAUUCUGCAGCCAUUCUGGAAACAAUGUUUGGUUGGAACUUUUGAAACCCCUAACAAAGCAAGUAAAAAUGGACCCUGGACAUCUUCGGGAAGAACUUACAAGGUAUCUUUUUACUCUUCAAAUAAAGAAGGAUUUGGCUCUAGGAAGGCUUCCCUGCAGUGACAACUGUACAGCGUUGAUGGUAUCUCACAUCUUACAAUCAGAACUGGGAGACUUUCAUGAAGAAACAGUCAAGAAACAUCUGGCACAAAGCCGGUACUUACCAAACCAAGACUGUUUAGAGAGCAAGAUCAUGGACUUUCAUCAGAAGCACAUUGGCAAAAAUCCAGCUGAAUCUGAUAUUCUACUACUGGACAUAGCAAGGAAACUGGACAUGUAUGGCAUCAGGCCCCACCCUGCCAGUGAUGGUGAAGGAAUGCAGAUUCACCUGGCUGUUGCACACAUGGGAGUCCUGGUGUUACGGGGAAAUACAAAGAUCAAUACUUUCAACUGGGCUAAAAUCCGAAAGUUGAGUUUUAAGAGAAAACAUUUUCUUAUCAAACUUCAUGCCAAUAUCUUGGCGUUGUGCAAGGACACCUUGGAGUUCACAAUGGCCAGCCGAGAUGCCUGCAAAGCUUUCUGGAAGACCUGUGUGGAGUAUCAUGCCUUCUUCAGGCUUUCUGAAGAGCCCAAAUCAAAGCCCAAAACUCUACUUUGCAGCAAGGGUUCCAGUUUCCGCUAUAGUGGAAGAACCCAAAGGCAGCUUUUGGAAUAUGGGAAUAAACGGCAGUUGAAGAGCUUGCCAUUUGAAAGAAAGCAUUACCCGUCUCAGUACCAUGAACGACAGUGCAGGUCUUCACCAGACAUCCUCUCUGAUGUGUCAAAACAAGUGGAAGACUUGAGACUAGCAUAUGGUGGUGGGUACUACCGAAAUGUGAAUGGAGUACACGCAUCUGAACCUGUGUUAGACAGUAGGAGGAGGAACUCUGCAGUGGAGGUGACGUUUGCAGCUGAACUGGAGCGUUCCAAACCAGAGGCGGAUCCCACAUCGUUACAUCAGUCGCAAAGCAGUUCAUCUUUCUCUUUUCUUUAUUCAGAUCCUGUCUUUAACACUGACCCUGAUCCUCAACCUGAUCCCAGAGACUUCUUUGAGCAGAGAAGUCCUCUAAGCUCCUUCCGAACAAGCUCCAAGUUUGCUGACCAUCACAUAAACACAUCCUCUGGCCUCACAAGCGGAGCGAGUCCAGUAAGGCAGCUAACUUACACAGAUGUGCCCUAUAUUCCUUGUACUAGUCAGCAAGUGGAUAUUAUGCCUCCCCAAGUCUUUUUUUAUGUGGACAAGCCACCUCAGGUGCCCAGACGCUCUCCAGUCAUGGCAGAGGAAAGGGCAAGACCAGACAACUACUUAGAGCCCUCUGCAAUAAAGCCACCCAAAAGGAGUCCAAGGAAUACCAGAAUAAAGAGCUUUCAGCAAGACCUUCAAGAACUCCAAGAAGCUAUGGCCAGGACUAGUGGUAGGAACAAUAUCAAUUUAGAUCCAGAAGAGGAAGACCCAAAUUUAGAAGACGCUUUUACAUAUAACAUUCAAGAGCAAACCCCCAAACGGUCCCAGAGCCAAUCAGACAUGAAAACUAUCCGUUUUCCUUUUGGAUCCGAAUUUAGACCUUUAGGGCCUCGUCCCGCUCUGAGUCGUAAAGCAGACCUAUUUACAUGUAUGUUUGCAGAGCAGGAGUUCCCAGCAGUUCUCAUGGAUCAGAGCACAGCAGAAAGGUACGUAGCUAGUGAAUCCAGUGAUUCUGAAUCAGAGAUUCUUAAACCAGACUACUACUCUUUGUAUGGCAAAGGAAAAAAGUCACCCAUGGCCAGAAUCCGUUUGUCUUCUGGUAGUCUCCAGCUAGAUGAAGAAGAUGAAGAUGUUUCUUUCAACACACCAAGUGCUGAAGACAGGACUUUACUAAAACCAUGUAAUUACUUCUUAGCUUAA